CAACUUUUAACAACAAAUAUAAGUUUUGAGGCUUAAACCCACAAAACUUACAAUGGCAUUCUCGAAGAGACUCGUUUUCUCGAUGAUCUUUACAGUUUUUGCAAUAGUUAAGCCAUCAGAAGCUGCUCUCGAUGCUCAUUACUAUGAUGAAUCGUGCCCCGUCGCAGAAAAAGUCAUACUUGAAACUGUUAAGAACGCUACUUUGUAUGAUCCUAAAGUGCCUGCUCGUCUACUCAGAAUGUUCUUCCACGACUGCUUCAUCAGGGGAUGUGAUGCGUCGAUUCUACUAGAUUCAACAAAGUCAACCCAAGCUGAGAAGGAUGGUCCACCAAACAUCUCGGUUCGGUCGUUUUACGUCAUCGAAGAUGCUAAGAGAAAGCUUGAAAAGGUUUGUCCUCGUACUGUCUCUUGUGCCGAUGUAAUCGCCAUCGCAGCCAGAGAUGUUGUCACCCUGUCCGGUGGUCCAUACUGGAACGUACUAAAAGGGCGAAAAGAUGGGACUAUUUCACGAGCCAACGAGACUAUCAAUCUCCCUGCGCCCACGUUCAAUGUUUCACAACUGAUCCAAAGCUUUGCAGCAAGAGGCUUGUCAGUGAAAGACAUGGUUACACUCUCAGGCGGCCACACGAUAGGAUUCUCUCAUUGUUCAUCUUUCGAGGCCCGUCUUCAAAACUUCAGCAAAUUCCAUGACGUUGAUCCUUCCAUGAACUUUGCUUUUGCGCAAAGCUUGAAAAAGAAAUGCCCAAGAUCUAACAACCGAGGCAAGAACGCAGGGACAGUGUUGGACUCUACGACCACGGUCUUUGAUAAUGAUUACUACAAGCAGAUCUUGUCAAGGAAAGGAGUGUUUGGGUCUGAUCAGGCGCUUCUAGGUGAUUACCGUACCAAGUGGAUUGUUGAGACGUUUGCUCGAGACCAAAAUGCCUUCUUCAGGGAGUUUGCGACUUCCAUGGUGAAACUUGGAAACUUUGGAGUCAAGGAGACAGGACAAGUGAGAGUUAACUCUCGCUUCGUUAAUUAG